AAAAUGACUGGCUCCGAGAAGAUUAGUAGAGGGUAGACGCAGGAGAGCGCAGUCCCACAAAUUCGGCCUCUGCUUCCGUCUUCGUCAUUUUGGUUUGGAUCUCCGAGCUUCGGACCGUCCUGCUCUAAUCUCAACCCUAAUACAGCUCCUCUGAAUAUCUACUGCGAUGGCUAGAGGAGCAAUCCAUCAGUUACUAAGGAGGAAGCUUCAUUCUCACUCAUCUGUUCCCCCAUCUUUGUCUUCCUUUAACUCUAAGAGAGAUGAUACUGGUUCUGCUGGGAUUAAGUCUCUAAGAGCCCUUGCACUUAUUGGAGCGGGAGUCUCUGGAUUAUUAAGUUUUGCAACUGUAGCAUCUGCUGAUGAGGCUGAACAUGGAUUAGAAUGUCCAAGCUAUCCCUGGCCCCACAAGGGAAUUCUAAGUUCAUAUGAUCAUGGAUCGAUUCGUCGUGGUCAUCAGGUUUACCAACAAGUUUGUGCUUCAUGCCACUCCAUGUCUUUAAUAUCAUACCGUGAUUUGGUGGGUGUUGCAUACACAGAAGAGGAGACCAAGGCUAUGGCUGCUGAGAUUGAGGUGGUUGAUGGGCCUAACGACGAGGGUGAGAUGUUCACUCGUCCUGGUAAACUGAGUGAUCGAUUUCCCCAGCCAUAUUCAAAUGAGCAAGCAGCUAGGUUUGCAAACGGAGGGGCCUAUCCUCCAGAUCUAAGUCUCAUUACCAAAGCUCGCCACAAUGGUCAGAAUUAUGUGUUUGCUCUUUUAACCGGAUACCGUGAUCCUCCUGCUGGUGUUUCGAUCCGUGAUGGUUUGCACUACAACCCUUACUUUCCUGGUGGUGCAAUUGCUAUGCCUAAGAUGCUUAACGAUGGCGCUGUAGAAUAUGAAGAUGGUACUCCUGCCACAGAGGCUCAGAUGGGGAAAGAUGUCACAAGUUUCUUGUCCUGGGCUGCAGAACCAGAAAUGGAAGAAAGGAAACUGAUGGGAUUCAAAUGGAUAUUUGUGCUCUCACUGGCUCUACUCCAAGCUGGAUACUACCGGCGAUUGAGGUGGAGCACUCUCAAGUCCCGCAAGCUGGUUCUUGAUGUCAUCAACUAGCUUCCUUCGAGUUUUUUUAGGCCUUAUGCUUGUGGUGGAAAUAAUUUUUUUUAAUUGCAUGAUCUCCGUUUUCGUCCCAUGCUCCUAUUGAGUUCACAACAUCAGUUAUUGGUAAUGGAGUGACCUGAGGAAUGUUACUUUCAGAGACACUGAAAUAAGCUGCUCCAUACACAUGAUGAAAUAUUUUUGCCUUUUGACAUAUAUUUUUGUUAAAUUCUUCUUUAUGUGCCAAAUCUGCUGCUUGGGAUACUGCCUUUCAAUAUUCAUUUAAGUUAUAUGCUUUGGGUCAUAUAUUUGCAAAUCAAUGGGCAAAUAUAUUAUAAUAAGGAAUGCAACUUUUUUUUAA